UUCCUAUCUUACUCUCCAAAUCAAAACCCACCAAGAAUUUAUAAGUACCUAUGUCCUUCUUAGCUAUUCAAAAUUUGUGAAUCAAGAGACUGAGAUAGUGAGAGAAAGGGACGAACCAACCAUGCGUGCAACACAGAGAGUCAGCCAUGUUUCUAUAGAAUUUAAGGUCUCAGAUGAUCCCAUCGCCAUGAUCGAAGAACCCAAGCUGUUCUUCAAGUUUAAAGUCGACGAAUGCCGGAAGCCGGUGGUCUUGAUGGGAUCUUGGUCGACAACAUUAGAGAUGGAAGAUCACAGAACAUUACUAAGAAGCUUUAGUACAACUUUAAUGUCUGAGAGGUUGAAUUCUUUUGUUCUAGAAAUACUCUCAUCAAUAGAAAUCCUUCAAUCCAACAAUCAUGAAUAUCUACAAAAGCUGAUCAUUGAUCGAGUUUAUGAUGAAGCCAAUCAAUACUUAUCAACCAUGCAUGUUACUGUGGAUAUCAAGCUUGAUACAACUGAAGUGUAUGAACAGGAUGAACAGAUUUCAAGUUUUAUUGGGGAAUUAAUGGUAAUGGCGCAAGAGAGUGAAAGAAUGGACAUGAAACCUACAUCAAGAGAUGCAAUAGAAGCAUUAGAGAAGGUUGUGUUUGAGAAAGGAGGGGAUUUGUUGCAGACAUCAUGUGUGGUUUGUAUCGAUGAGUUCUUUGAAGGGAUGGAAGUUAAGAUGAUGCCUUGUUCUCAUAUCUUUCAUGGAGAUUGUAUAGAUCAAUGGCUUGGGGAGAGCAAUAAGUGCCCUUUGUGUCGCUUUGAGAUGCCAGUUUAAUUAAUUUGAGAAAUCUGUUCAUAUAGAGUGAAUCAUGUUCAUGUUAAUUUUCCUUUUUUUUUUUUUUUAUGUAUGAGUUAACCUGUAAUGGACUUUCUUUUGCCUCUAUUAAUGGAAUUCUUUACGGUAAGGGGAAAAAAAAAAAAUUAAAUUCAAUUAGAAGGGGCAAGAAGAAGUAAGGGUAGGCUUAAAAUAAUGAUUGACAAAGUGAUUAGAAAAUAUAUGCAUAUGAUUGCAGAUAGAGUUAUAUGGAGGACGCGGAUAUCUAAGCCUUCGGCUUGAUUAGUGCUGUGAGUUCAUAUUGAUCAGUAGUCAUAGUGAGGUUGAAUGAGAACCAUUCAACUUUCACUAAAAGUCCGAUUUCUCUCUUUUGAAAAAUAUUAGUCUGAGCUGAAUUUGAGAACUGAACCUUAAGUUUCGUCUGUCCAAGCAUUUUUUCUUUCUCAAUGGGUACUCAGAAACGAGUUGUUCGUCCAGAAAUGAAUUACCUGCUUUGUAUAUGCGGAAAAGAGAAACCAGAAAUAGUUGAUUCUAAAUGGAUUGUAGAAGAUAUCGAUAUGACGACGCUUUCAAAGCUUAUGCCAGUGUCUGCAACUCCAAAACUCCUAUCAAAACCCUAAAGGACUUCUCUCAGAUCAAGUACGGUGAGGAAUUUACAGCAUACGAAUUUCUCUGCGAGGGUUUUCCAGACGGACUCGGGUGCUUCUGAAGCUGAAUCUGAAAACGUGACAGAGAAAGGUGAAUUCUAAACCUUGUCGCUUACAUAUUUGAUUUUGAGUCUUACAGAAAGUUUGCAGUGGCUGUCUCAAUUUUGGUACUGGUUCUAAUCUUACAGGGAAGAAAACUAAAGGAAUGAGAUACUAUUUACCCAAAAAACAAAUUGGUUGCUUAUGUACUUCAGAUUACCAUAUACAAUUAUGAACCAAAUACGUUUUGUUGCAUAUUGUCAAUGGUACUUCUUUAUUUUUUUAAAACCUUUUUCCAAAUUUUAGAACCAAGACGACUUUGGAUAACAGGGCAAUGCCGAAUGAUAGUGAUUUUAUGCAGAAACAGGAGCUUAUUGAUGCUGUUUUGAAGCAGUGGACUUUCACUUGCGCCAAUUGCGUGUGCCAAUUUGUUCUUGAUCAUCAUUUCUUCUAUAGUAGUUAUCUUUGUAAGUUGUAAGCUAUUUUGGAGGUGAGAUUGCUUGUCUUACACUGAAUUCCUAUAUUCAAAUGCCAGAAAAAGGGAGAGGAAAAUUUUAUAGAUUUGGGAGUUUGCUGAAGGAGUGAUAUAAUUGAUGGAGUUACAUCACAACAUCGAUAGCGAAUGGUUUAGUUGAGAUAUCAUAGUUGUCCAGCAAAGUAUGACUUCUAAUUUUGUUUAGUCUCUCAUUUAUUAUUAAUUUUUUUUUUCUUCCUGUCUCUCCCUACAUUACUUAGGUAUUAUUCCAGUCUCCUUCUGUUAUACAAUUUAAGAGUAUUCAUUUGAUUAUUAUAAAAGAAAAGCUUAAACCUUCUUAAACUUGAACUCUUUGUCUUUUUUAUGGUAGAAGAACUCUUUGUUGAUUACAGUAACAUUUAAUGUUCAUAGAAUAGUAACAACAGGUAUGGCACUAAUAAUGUAACUUUCUCUUAGUUGGUCUCAUCAUUUAGUGUAACCUCAUCGUUUUUUUAAUUCAUUUUUACUCUAUAUGAUGUUAGGUAAUCAUCUUACUGCAGUAGGUGCAGUGCCAAGUGGUUUUUCUCUUUUCUAUCUUUCAAUAGAGUUUUCAGCAGUCACUAGAGUUAAACUGGACUCAAAUUAAGCAUUAUUCAUCUGUCCCUUCAUUGAAGCUUUUGAAAAGGAGCAGUAAUUUUGUAAGAAUGUAGCCAGGCGCUAUUUUCCAUUUUGCCCUAUCUCUUGGUAAAAAAUCAAAGGGAGAAACGGUCUAUGCUAACUCACUGAAUUCCAGUCUAACAUUUAGGAACUUGAUAGUAUUUUAAGUGUUAGACCUUUAAAAAACUAAGAACCCAAAGUUUGACUUUGUAGGCUUCCAACUUUUGUGCAUAACCUUUUCAAGUACACAUUCGUUUUGUAAAAUAGUUCUUUUUCUUUUUUUUUUUUUUUUUUUUUCCAUUUCAUCUAUUAUACUUCUUGAUAUGGAAUAAUUAUAAUGAUUGUUGUAUGGUUUACCUCUUGAUCAUUCAUAGAUGCAGGUCCCACUAGUAACUGAGGAGGUUGCUGUUCUUGAUUUGUAUCCAACACUUUUAUCAUUUGUUCAUGCUUCUUGUAAGCUAAGUUUUUGUGGAAUUAAAGGAAAAGGUUUCCUGUACCGUGUAUUCCACUAGGAAAUUUAUGGUCUACAUACCUAGUUGUGCCACAUGGAAGGGUGAUGGGGCCAUUGCCAACCAUUGGAUAUCUAGGGAAUGAUGUGAAUUGACCUUGUGUCAAAUUUCAUACUCAAAUUCUGUCACAUAUGCUCCCAGCAUAUGCCCUCUUGGUUGUCCGGGAUUUUCAAUGCUUUCUUGCCAAUUGGCCAACUCCAUUUGGGCUGAACCUUGGUGUCUCUCUUUUCAAAGAUUGUCAAACCACUCACCAUGCGACAGAUAUUUGUGCCAGUCCAGAGAGAGCCUCUUGACUAUGCAGAGCAGCAACACUUUCCUGUAUAAAUAUGAAGGAAGCCGAAAGAGAAAAAAAAAUUUAAAAUAUAGUCUUUUUUGUCGUUGUUUUUUUUCAUCCUAUGUUUGCACUUCAAAGUAAGAUGUGGGUAGAGAUGAGAUUGCUCUCUGAAGUUUCUACUCUUUUAGUUGAGGAGCUUCCUCCCCCCCCCCCCCUCUCUUUAUAUUUAUCUCUCUCUAGGUAAUUAUUUUAUCUUUGUGAUUAUAAAAGGGGUCUUGAUAGUAAUUUGUCAUUUCUUUUUCACUGUUUAUUCUGGGUCAUCAAAGCCACGUCUGGAAACUAAAGAUAUAUUUUUAAAAGCGUCUUGAAGUUAAUCCUUUGUCAUGGUCAGUGAAGGGUGCAAAGCAAUUUUUUAUUCACCCUGAAUAUUCUAUUUGGAGUUUCUAUAUCAUUGAAUUUUUAAAUCGUUGCCCUGGAAAAUUCAACUGCUAUUUGGUUCGUUGAGAACAUUUAAGGGAAAAGGCUAGGCAUGCCGCUAGAGUGCCUAGCAUGUGUCAUCCUCUCUCCUCCCCCUUUGGAAAAGACCCCUUUAUUUCCUGUGUCCAGCGACUUAGCCCUACGACUGGUGCAUGCCACUAGCUUACUGAAAGCUGACGGCAUGCCCAACCCUCUCCCAUUAUUCGAAUGGUAUGAAUAAACUUCUUAUUUACCCAGAAUGUCCUACUUGGAGAUUCCAUAACCACCUGUGUAAUCUGUCUUUGGUCUCGGAAAAUUUAAAUAUAAUUUAGUUUGUGGAGGAUAUGUAAUUUCCGGAUAGAUGUCUGAGUAUUUUUUAUGAUAUGUAAUUGCCGGAUAGAUGUCUGAACAAUUAUGAUGAUAUGUAAUUUCUGGGUAGAUGUCAGAGUACUUUUGAUGAUUUCUUUCUUUAAAUGAAACUCUGAGAGCUGUGUUCUCACUGUUAUCAUUGAAGGAUGGUGUUAUAAAUGCCCAAGAAGAGAUGCUUAAGAAUCAGAGAAACAAUCUGAUUGGGAUUGGUGCAAGUGUGCUAGCAGGAACAUGUUCCAAUUAGUUUGGGGUGGUUGGUGGAUUGCACAUGUUUGUUCUUUUUAUCUACAAAACCAAAGUAGAACAUUGUAUAUAGAAGUUUGAGCUCAUCCUUUCACUAAAUCGCUUCCUCUGAGUUGAAAAUUUGUGGAUUUUUCAGAUCUCCCUCUACAUGGUUUUGUAGAAAUAUGAUUAUCAGAUCAAACUCUUAUGAGACAGUUGUAUAUAUUUUGGCAGUUGGAUUGAGCAUUUUACACAUACUGAAAUUAUGCUUCUGAUGCCUCCAAUUUGGAAAUCUUGGCUCAUAAACAAAUCCAAUCGCUUCUUAACAGAGUAAUAGAUGUCUCUAAACUGUCUCCAUAUUAGUUCAUAUAUGAAAGUGGCAAAAGGAUCCCAUCACCUUCUGAUCCUUGUAUUUGAUUACUUGUCUGAGCUCAAUCCAACUCUAUAAAAUAAAUAUGGACUUAUGCAUGGUUUUAUGGUGCAUAUGCUUUCAUGGAUGCUUUUUAUAAUAUUCCCAGGUCAGUGAUGGUAAAUUGGUUCCUGGGCAAUGGCUUAUUUGUAAAAUCAAGGUUCUUAUACUUUAAUGGAUGUUCUGUGUGUAUAUAUAUGAUGAAGCCAUGUGUUCUCAGAUAUACUAAAUGUUGUACUUCAUAGAUCCCAAUCCCCAGGUUAUGAGGAAUGAACAUGAGAGGAAAGGGUGAAACACUAGAACUAAACAAAAAGAAAGACUUAAAAAUAAUUCUCUACAAUUCUGACAAGGACUUCAGCUCUGUUGUACUACUUGAUCUAGAAAGUAUUAGAAACAUCUUUUGAAGCAGAGAAGGGUAUUUUUUUCCUUGAGCUUAAAACAACUGGAGAUGAAUCCCUGUGGCUGUGAACUUGCUCUGUUCGAAGUGCGGCACCUUUGAAUUUGACUGUUUCUUUCUGUGCAGGGGCUGCUUGAUGAACAGUUUCAGCAGUGAUAUCUUCACCCACAGGAAACUGAAGAGGAGGAAGCAAAUCAGUGGGGAAGAAGUUGCAGUUCAGGGUUCCUUCACAAGUAACUGUUUUCUGGGUAACAACCUGCUUUUGGAUCCUAUCGCCAUUGACAGGCAACUGGUGAGGAGGAAGAAAAUCAGUAGGAAAGAAGUUGUAGAGAAGAUUGGACAUUGGUUCUCAGAUGAAACUUGGAAGAAGGAAAUGGUAGGUUGAAGCAGAGAAUUUAGGAGGAAGAGGAAGAGGAGACUCUGAAUUGUCUAGACCUUCAAGUGGGUCUAUUUAAAGAGAGAGAGUGUCAUGGUGUUGGCUUGUAGUUAGUUUCAUUGACGGUUGUGGAGAGACGAUGGAAUUGGAACCUUUAGAGAGAGAGAGAGAGAGAGAGAGAGUACAUGGCAUAUGCUGAUACCAUCUAGAAAGUAGGAAAGUCUUGCUGAUACGCUAUCAGAGGGACGGCAGUGUGAGAAAGCAUAUUGAGAGUUGCAAUGGGACCCCACAGUUUAUGAGCUGUCAGGAAUCUCUCUAUUUUGUUUGUUAUUUAGCUCCCAACACCAAACCAUCAGCUUCAAGGAUGGCCGUUGUUUUUUUUAUUUCUUUAUUUAUUUUAGUAUAUUUUUUACCCCUUUGUUUUGCCA